AACAAGACCACCCUUCUCUCUCAUCUCGCUUUUGCAAUUAAUGCAACCGUCCAUCACCAGCAAUGCUUUCUUCCCCUCUUUUACUUCUUUCGUUUAUCACACCAACGUUACCUCCAUCCCCAAAUCGUUCAUAAGCAGUCAAAAAGCAGUCACUUAUAUCUUUGAUUUGGAGUAAACAAUUGAUCUGGACGCUGUUUUCUUGAUAUGUUAGCUAGGCUGAUUGUCUUUCCCCAAGCUUUUGACUUUUGACCAAGAUAAAAACCUGCCCCUUGUUCCUAGUUUUCUGAAUCUUCACGACUUUUUUGCCUCUAAUUUGGUCGGUUUUGAGGGAGGGAAAAUGGGGUGUUGUGUCUCCACAAGUAGUCGGGGUGGUGGCGGGAAGAAGAGAACGAAAAGAACAUUUUCCGACCACGUAAGCGCCUUUCAGCACACAUCCUCGAUACCCAAUAGGAUUUUUGCAAAUGGGAAGAGCCGAAGUUCUUGUAUUUUUACUCAGCAGGGCCGAAAGGGAAUAAACCAAGAUGCAAUGAUCGUGUGGGAAGAUUUCAUGUCUGAAGAUGUGACCUUUUGUGGAGUCUUUGAUGGCCAUGGACCCCAUGGACAUCUUGUAGCUCGUAAAGUUCGUGAUACAUUACCAUUGAAGUUGUUUUCGUUUCUUGAUUCUUAUGAGUCGAAGAAAAACCAAUCUAGCACUUCGAUUUGUUGCAAUGGGGAUCCUGGAUUAGAGGAGGCUGAUCGGGAGGAGGAAAAACCCGAGUUAUUAUGGAGAGAAGCGUUUCUAAAAUCAUAUAAGGCGAUGGAUAAAGAACUAAAAUCUCAUCCCAACUUGGAUUGCUUUUGUAGCGGAAGCACUGCCGUCACCAUUGUUAAACAGGGAUCGAAUCUUUUCAUGGGAAGUAUAGGAGAUUCGCGAGCCAUCAUGGCAUCUAAGGACGUCAACGAUUCACUCGUAGCAAUUCAGUUGACCGUUGAUCUGAAGCCCGAUCUACCAAGGGAAGCCGAAAGGAUUAAACGUUGCAAAGGUCGAGUUUUUGCGUUACAAGAUGAACCGGAGGUGCCAAGAGUUUGGUUACCGUUUGAUGAUGCACCCGGGCUAGCAAUGGCACGGGCUUUUGGAGACUUUUGUUUAAAGGAAUAUGGAGUGAUCUCUAUUCCUGAAGUCUCUCAUCGGAUUCUCACCGAGAAUGAUAAGUUCAUCGUUCUUGCCUCAGACGGGAUUUGGGAUGUUUUGAGCAAUGAACAAGUGAUCGAAACCGUAUCAUCUGCUCCAACUCGGUCGUCGGCCGCAAGGAUACUCGUCGACUUAGCCGCUCGUGAAUGGAAAACGAAAUACCCGACAUCUAAAAUGGACGACUGUGCAGUCGUUUGCUUGUUUUUGGACGGUAAGAUGGACGCAGAAUCGGAUAACGAAGAUCAUGGUUUCUCUUCCGCUACCCUCCAGAGUAAUGCAGGCGAAUCAGACGACGGCCAGAAUCCAGAGCCAUAUUUGCAGCGGAAUUUUACGGUCAGAUCAUCGGAAGAGACCAACGAUGCUCGUAAAAGAGAACAAAACGAUGUAGUUUUGGAAGGGAAGGAGGAAACGGUCAUCGCGGUAACUGAAGAUCAGAACUGGUCGGGUUUGGAAGGCGUCACUCGAGUCAACUCGCUGGUUCAACUUCCUAGAUUUUCGGAGGAGCAGCCGCGAACGUAAUUAUUUUUGCUUUUUUUGUUUUUUGAUCUUCAUACUUGAACUGGGUAUUGGUAUUAUACUGUGUUUUUUCGGAAAUGUAAGAUCUCUCUUUAGGAUUCAUACCAUUUUAUGUUGGUUUUG